AUGGAGAGUGUCCUCACUAAAUUCAUGGAGGAGUUAGGAAAAAGAUUUGACAAGAAUGAAGCUCAACUCCAAAAGUAUGAAGUUUUAUUGCAAAACCAAUUCGCUUCCAUAAGAAAUCUUGAAACUCAAAUGGGGCAAAUCCAUAAUAUUUUAGCGGGAAGAGUUCAAGGAACAUUACCGAGUGAUAUCGAUAAGAAUCUGAAGGAGAGAGUCAAUGCUAUCAUGCUGAGAAGUGGUAAGGAGUUGAAGGAAAUAAGGAAGGAAGAAGAAACAAAAGAAAAACUCGAAGAAGGAAAAGAAGGCACAGGGACAGAAAUUGACAAAAAUGCCCAUGUUGCGACGAACGAUGACAAGACCCUCUCGUAUCCUCACAGAGUGCAAAAACAGAGAUUGGAUAAGCAAUUCGGUAAGUUCAUGGAUAUGUUUAGAAUUUUACACAUUAACAUUCCUUUUGUAGACAUGUUGGAGCAAAUGCCGAAGUACGCGAAGUUUCUGAAGGAGAUUAUCACCAAAAAGAAGAGGUUUGAAGAACAUGAGACGGUGAUGCUUACGGAAGAGUGUAGCGUGUUGUUAUUGAAGAAAUUACCACAAAAGCUCAAAGAUCCAGGGAGUUUCACAAUUCCUUGCACAAUAGGUAAUGUUCAUUUUGAAAAAGUUUUAUGUGACCUAGGGGCUAGUGUUAACCUCAUGCCAUUUUCGAUUUAUAAGAAACUAGGCCUAGAGGGAGUAAAACCAACCACAGUCCAUCUUCAACUAGCUGAUAAGUCUAUAAAAUACCCCAGGGGAGUAGUAGAAGAUGUAUUGAUCAAGGUAGAUAAGUUGAUUUUCCCGGUGGAUUUUAUUGUUCUUGACAUGGAAGAAGAUCGGGAAGUACCUCUAAUUCUAGGAAGACCCUUUCUAGCUACGGGUAAAACUUCUAUAGAUGUUCACCAAGGGAAGCUAAUCUUAAGAGUAGAGGAUGAACAAGUAGAGUUUAAUGUGUUUGAUGUCAUGAAGUACCCAUCUUUGAGGGAAGAUACUUGCUUUAAGAUUAGCAUCCUUGAUGACAAAAUUUUCGUUUAA